AUGAACUCUGAAGCCCCUUUGCCAGGAUUGUUUCCUGAAAGUCACAAUUUACAGAUAGCCAUCUCAAGGAAGGAAAGUUUGAUUGAAAGGCCAGAGGAUUCAGAAGAUGUUGAGAAAAGUGCUGCAUCUACCGACACCAUAAACACCGAUGUUUUGCAAGAUAUUAUAGAAGGUCAACACUGGCAUGAUUUACAGACAUACAAAGAACAAACAGCUAACCAGAGGUUUUGUCUAACGGAAUUAUAUGCAAAGAAGAACAAUAUCACAUUUCAUGAAAUGAUUGUGGACAAAUCUAAACCUCAGAUUUACUCUAAUGAUCUUAAUGAUUUCAUAAACUACAACCUAAAGGUCCAGAAAGAAUAUGAGUUACGGGAGAAAUUAGAGAGUUUGCUCCAAAAACAAACUUACAGUGACUUAAGGAUACUCAAUGAAGAAGCAGUGCGAAGAAACUAUGCUUCUGAUGACGCAGUUUCAAGGAGCUCUAGAAACAAUAAACCACGGAAACUCCUACGGAUGACGUCGUCUCUAUAUAAACGAUUCUUCCCACGCAAGCGGACAGACGGACGUGUUAUUGAUAACUGUUCGAGAACCUCUUCGAAUACCAAUAUCAUAGAUAAUGCCAGUCAUGGAAACAUGGCAAUCAACGAAGUAGUUGGAGCAAAUCGCCGUCACGAGGCUACUCACGACUCUCGAUCCUCAGAAUUUAGUACGCUCUCGAAGUCAAGCUCACAAAAGAUUGGCCUUUUCGAACGGGUUGACAAGCACUUAAAUAGCCCAGGUCAUGCCAAAUAUCAUGUUCAGCGAAAGCUGCGGGUUCGCCAUAUUCAGAUGAUAGGUAUUGGUGCAUGCAUAAGUGUGGGGAUCUGCUUGACAUCUGGUAAGGCAUUCUCGAUUGCAGGGCCUUUUGGGACCUUAUUGGGUUUCGCAAUCUCGGGCAGUGUUGUCUUUGCCUCAUUAUUAUCCUUCACUGAAUUAGCCUCUCUAAUACCAGUAUCUUCUGGUUUCAGCGGGCUAGCGUCAAGAUUUGUCGAAGAUGCGUUUGGAUUCGCUUUGGGCUGGACCUAUUGGUUUUCAUCGAUGAUUGCACUACCAGCUCAAGUGGUUGCUAGCACAUUUUUUCUUAGCUACUAUAGCUCGAUGAAACGCUCUAGAGGAUCAACGGCCGGCUUCGUUACUCUAUUUCUUCUCUAUCCCAUUUUCAUAAACCUUCUAGAUGUGAGAAUAAUGGGGGAGGUGGUUUAUGUUACCGGUCUUAUAAAGAUCAUAAUAUCAGUAGUGGUGAUCAUUUCUAUGCUGAUAUUCAAUGCUGGUCACGGCGGUGCUUCUCAUGAUCAGGUAGGUUUUAGAUACUGGGAUUCAUCGAAGUCAUUUUCCCAGUUCACCUUUGGCCUGUUUCGUCCCACUUUUGAUUUGAACGAUGCUGGUGAGGGAAGCACACACGGAAUUGAAGGAGCGACAGGCCGUUUCCUGGCGGUCAUAUCUGUAAUACUCAUUUCUACCUUUGCGUACAGUGGAGUUGAAAUGACAUUUGUUGCUAGUGGAGAAGCAGUUAACCCACGGAAAACGAUUCCUUCAGCCAUAAAGCGAACAUUGAAUAUUGUGAUAAUCAUCUACAUGUUGUCACUCAUUUCCGUCGGGGUAAAUAUAUACUGUGGAGACCCUCGCUUGCUGAGUUACUUCUCAGGCUCUGCUGAGCGGCGCUUCAUUACGGCUAUGAAUGACGACUCCAUCAGGUGGCAGGUUUCGGAAAGAUGUCGAAGUGGUCUACACUAUGAAACUGGAUACCAGCGGAACGGCUCUAGUCCAUGGGUUCUAGCUCUACAAAACUUUGGAAUGUGCACUUAUGCAUCGGUUCUCAAUGGCAUAAUGAUUUUUAUAACCGUUGGAGCUGAGAUUUCAUCGCUUUUCAGCGGUUCAAGGACCCUAUAUGCGAUGGCGGUACAACGCAAAGCCCCAGCAAUCCUUCAGAGAUGUACCAAAGCAGGUGUUCCCUAUGUCUCGGUCCUCUUUACCAGUGCCUUUGGCGCCAUAUCGUAUUUGGCCGUCGACACAACCGCUAUCGAGAAUUUCGGUGUCCUAUCGAAUAUCUCGAGUGCAAGUACUUCAAUCAUCUGGAUGGGACUGAAUGUCUCAUUCCUCAGGUUUUAUUAUGCCUUAAAAUUAAGACAGGAUAUAAUAUCUAGAGAUGACCGCUCAUAUCCAUAUCGGUCACCCUUCCAACCCUAUCUAAGCAUGUAUGGGCUGUUCGGUUGCUGUAUGUUUGUUAUAUUCAUGGGCUACACCAAUUUUCUCCACAAAUAUUGGAAUACCAAAUCGUUCUUUUCGGCCUACGGUGGCCUUAUGCUCUUCUCAGCCUGUUACCUAGGAUACAAGAUUAUUGGUACCUCCAAGAUCCAGCGAUUAGACCAACUGGACAUGGACACUGGCAGAAGAGAGAUGGACAGAAUAAUGUGGAAUGAGUACAGACAGUACUCGGGACCAUACCGGGAAAGGGCUAAGAAGCUCUUUACCUGGUUGUAUUAA